GAAUCUGAAAGUAAGAGCAACUUGGAAAACUCUUUUCAAUCACAGCCACAACGACAAUUUCCACUCUGAUUUAUUCUAAACGUGUCAUCUGCUACCCAAUGCCUCAAAACCAGAGAACACCACCAUGGAUCAAAAUCAAAAUCCCACAUAAUUAACCCAGAAAGAAUUCCUUGUUGGAUUAUUAACAUCAAUAAAAAAAAAAAACCAUCAUCUAUUACAGCAACUUCUCUUUCUAGCCAUUUCUCAGAGUUCUCUCACUUUCACUUUCCAACGUUUUCCCAAAAAAAGGCCAAGAAUGUCACUCAAAACUUUGGCAUGUUAUGUUCGAUGAAUCUUAAAUAACAGAAAUAGAGGGUUGCUUUAAGGUGAUGAAAAGUUCUUGGCAAUUGAAGGGACUAAGAUGAGCUUUAAGAAGAAGGCAAUCCAAGAAGAAGUAAUAAUAACAGAGGAAGAAGAAGAUCAAGAUCCCAUGCAACAGAGGCCAUGGAUGACGUACCUGGCUCUGUGGGAACCAGUGCUAGCUUCUCUUUGAGAUUGGCCCAAACAAUCUUCUCUUGUGCUUCUCUUUUUUUCAUGUCUUUGGGUGUUCAAUUCUACAGCUACACUGCCUUCUGCUACCUGGUUACCAUCAUGGGUUUGGCGAUUCCAUGGAGUUUCACAUUAGCAAUUGUUGAUGGAUACUCUGUUUUGGUUAAAUGCCCUAUCCGGCAGCCUGGAAUACUGCUGCUUGUUGUCAUCGGAGAUUGGGUUUUAUCUAUUCUUAUUCUAGCUGCUGCAUGCUCAACGGCUAGUGUUGUGGAUCUCCUGCUCCAUGCAGAUAGAUCAUUUUGCCCUCCAAGGGUUUGCAGUAGAUAUCAAAUAUCUGCUGCAAUGGCAUUUUUGUCUUGGUUUUCAUCCAUGGCCUCAUCUCUGUUCAAUCUCUGGUUGCUGCCCUCAUUGUGAUUUUCAGGAUGGCUUUUACUGCACCCAUUUGCCAAACUUUGGACAUUGUUUUUGGUUAUUCCAAAUCAAAGUUUUGUUCAUUACUAGUGUGUAAAUUCUGAAAGCUUUUGAAUACAAAAUGUACAGUUUGAAAGUGGCUGAAUGCAUAGCGUUAAAAAGCUUUUAAUCAAAUAGUACAGUUUGGCUUAUACCCACUGA